UUCCGGAGAUUUAGUCACGUGAUCUUCUGUUACCUUCUGACAAAGACACAGAGCGGCACACACACGAAGCUCCUUGGUCAUUCUUUUAUUUUUGCGGAGAUUUUGACUUUUUGACGAUGGAAAGCCGCUCACGAGUAACCAAAGGGGAAACACCGGAAAGGUCCCGCCUGGUGGAGGAUGGGAGCACAGAAGUGGAACAGAAGGAGGACAGUCCAGGUCGGGCCCAGGUGAACCUGCCAGACAGGGACACGUUUGACGCACUUCGUAAAGAAGAACAGAUAAAGAUACUAACGGAGCUGACAUAUGCCAUGUCUCAUGAGGAGAUAAAAUCACUACUACUGGACGUGGCGGACAGACGGCCUGAUGUCAUUCUUCAUGCACUUGACAUGCUGGAACUGGAAGUUGGAGUGAGGAGGGGGUGAGAGGA